UUGUAUACAGAAACUACAUUUGCUGUUGGUGACAACUAGCUUCAGGAUUGCGGCCUGCGACCCUAUCAUCGCCUAGUUUGACCAGCCUAUAGGCUAUAGGAUAGGAUAUAUCAGCCUCUAAAAAGACUUAGAAAAUUGAUUUUUGAGCUCAUCUGAUGAAACUCCACGCCCUGCUGCCUUGGUUAUUUUUUUCCCAUUUCUCCCAGUCUUUCUCUAUUUCAGUCUUCUUCAGGCAUGGCCACAUAAUGACAAACCUGCUGUGUAUUACAGGACCCUGCCCAUGAGUUCCCUCCCAGCCACCUCCCUCUUCAUGGGCCUUUAAAACCCUUAAAUAAAGGAGGGGGUUACCGUUUUCCAAGGAGAACAAACAUUUUGAAGACCAAUCCUUAAAGCUACACAUUCCCUCACAAGUAAAGACCAUUACUCUAUAGGACCAUCAUGGACAACCAUUCAUACAACUUUCCUUCCGACUGCACCCCACUCACCAACAGCAAAUCUGCCCGCAAACCGGCCGGAGCCACUGUGGUAAACAUGGGAAGCUGUGGGAAGAAUCCUCCCCGGGACUACCUGCUCUGGUCGCUGUGCAACACCUUUUACGUUAACUUCUGCUGCCUGGGCUUCAUGGCUCUCAUCUACUCCAUCAAGGCCAGGGACCAGAAGACUCUUGGAAACUUGCAGCUGGCCCAGGAGUGUUCAGACAAGGCUAAGUGGUACAACAUCCUAGCAGCCGGUUGGAACCUCCUGAUUCCUCUCCUGGCCAUCUUCCUGCUCGUCCUCCUGCUUGUCCACCUCAGCUCUUUGAGGGGCUCCUUCGACUUCUUAGGAGAAGAUGGAUUCCAGAACUUCAUGAAUUUGUUCAGCUGGUAGAUGGAGACAGAUCCAAAUUGAUAAAAAGUGUUCUAUUCACACAGUCAGGACACAUGGUUUGGUUUAGUUCCACAGAUGAUGGCAGACAUAACCGUCGUUAUUUUAGUGAGUUCCUUUUCAGCAUCAGAGUUAAAAUGACAUUAAAUGGUCAAAAUAGACAGGGAUGGCAAAAAAAUAGACAAAUGCAGAACCCAAAGGCAAAUCCAGUCAACUGUUAAAGCGUGCGAGAGCCAGAAUUUAGGACUUAUAAUUCAGGUGGCAUAACCGUCAUUAACAAUGAUAGUUUCAUGAACCCCUUAAUACUAACUCACACUACAGCCACGUUCCUUCAUACUGGAUUAAAACCUCUUAGUUCUUAUGACCUGUUUUACACUGUCUGUGUAAAUCUAAAAUAGUUCAUCCUGUGAUUUUGUGUGUGCCAUGCUAUAUUUUGUACCUUCACCACCCUGGACAUGUCUGCAGCACAUUCCUAUGCUCAUGAUCAGACCACAUCCCAACCUGCCAUGGUGAGAGUGGGACUGCAUCAGGCUGCAGCUACCCACUAGAUCAGUGGUACCAAAAUGCACAACUGUAAUGAGGAGCCUGUUGAGUCUGGCCUUAAAGGGACAAUGUGUAGUUUUUACCAUUAUCUUCUGGAAAUAUCCAUCAAAAUUUUGUUGAAAAUGAAAUGGAAGAUGCCCAGUUGUUGAAAAAUAUUGGCAGCUUCGUAACAUAUAACCAUAAAAAUCAGGUCAAAAAUACAUGGGAGCGGGUCUAAGGGUGUUUCUCAGUGCCAAGGAACCUCGCCUUGAUGUCUUGGCCCCACCCCGGUUGCCUAGGAGAUACAUCAUCAGGAGCCGCCAAGACGUGUUCCAAUGUUCAUGUUCAACCGAGGCGUGUGUUCUCCGUUUGUUAGCUGUUUAGCUAGCUGAGCAAGGAUACAUGGGAGGUGUCUUGUAGCCUAGCCUUGGUCAAAAAUUUCCCAGAAUAUACCGCUGUAUUUUCAAAAGGAUGGCGGAUCAGAAACCGGCAGCUACUUCGGGGGCUAAUUUCAAGUUUAAAAGUAAGUCAACUAAUUUAAAAUGGUUUUUUUUAGAUCCAAAGAAGUCAUCUCUGGUUGGUUAUUGGCAGCUACGGUGGCUAGUGGGUAGUAACUCACUUAUAUAUUUUACUUAACAAAUAUAUACCUAAUUUAAAAAAAAAGGCUCAUUAUAUAUUUAUAUUGAAACUAAUACGUAAAAAAAUAUAACGUUAUCUCCCGUGUCACAUGACGUUACGUCACCGCCAUGGAAGCCUGCGGUAACGUGAUGCAAGUCUGUUCCAUUUAACCGUUUUCUUUGACCAAGAAAGGACAGCGUCCUCGUAAGAGAGGCACUUGGCCUCACAAGACAUCACCUCGCAAGGCCAGGCACCUUGACAUUGAGAAACAGAAGUCUCUGGACGACGCCAUAUUAGAUGCCAUGUUUUCUUCUACGGGAGCCCAGGAGGACAAAAAGCAUUUACUGAUUUGUAACAAAUGGUUACAAAACUUUCAUCAUUCUUAAAUGUUGUUGUUUACUGCUUCACUUGUUGCCAGUGAUGAAAAGGAGUCUGAUGUGCUUGGCAUUUUACUAAAAUUUGUACUCCCCAGGGCUUUUUGACCCUAAUGGUCAUCCGUUGGUAAAGUCUUACUCCAACACAAAAACACUGCUUCCUUGCAACGAUUUAGGUAUCUACUGCCCAUAUCGCCAGGAAAAUCACACUCUGUCACUUUAAGACCAUCCAUGUUGUUGUGGCUGAUUUGUAAUUUUAACAGUGAGGUGAUAAUCCUGUGUGAAGAGGGACAAAGGGAAUGUAGUCAGUUAUAAAAUGACUCACAUCUUAAAAAUUUCCUCACUAAUUAGUAAAACAGUCUGCUCUAAAAGGGUCUGAUGUGAUUGUUAGCAGUGUCAGGUAGAAUGUGAAAGCAAAGGUUGAAUAGUUCAGGAUAAAGUGGAUAAAUGGAAUCAACAGGCUCAAUGAGCGACAUUUCUGCUUCACUUGGAUUAUUUAUUAUAUUUAUGUUUAGCCAAGCUUUGGUCAGGUACGAACAGCAAAACAGAGUACUGUGUUUGGAGUCUGAGAAGAAGCCACUUUAACUAUUUCUUUCAUCUUUCAGUAUUAUUUAAAUGCUAUUACUGUAACAAAAUAGAUUUAAGUUUCAUUUUCAUGUAUUUUUAUUGUUCAUGUGGCCACUUUGACUUGACGUUGUGUUGUUUCUAACCUAUGAACUAAAUAAAGUGAACACUAAUAACAGUUAAAACAUUUCUUUACUAAAUGCUUUUUGAAAUGCACCU